AUGAAUAGAACUUUACUGAUGGAAUUGAGUAUUGAGCAAGUGAAGGCCCGACUAGAAGAGCUGAAACGUCAAGAAGCCACAAUGAUUGAGGAACUUCUGGAAGUGGCAACCGAAAUUCAGGUGCUAGCCAGAGACAAAGAUCCGAGAGUACAAGAGGCAAGACGUCGACAACGGAGAAUCGAACGGGAUAUAUCGAGGAAACUGAGAGAGAUGAAUGCGUUGGGGGAUCGUUUGGAAGAUGAAGAAUAA